AGCAAUGACUUUUGUGGUACAAAAGACUGAUUCUGAGAGGUCUUAGAGGAGAUGAUUAUAGAGUGAUUUAAAAAAAAAAACCAAAAAAAAUUAUGAAAAAAGGACAAGCUCUCACAUGAGUAAAAAAAAAAAAAAACCAGAUCAUUCAUGGGUCCCCUACGUUGAAGCAUUUACCUUAUCUCUCUCUCUUUCUCUUUAGAACCUAAAAAAAAGUAAAGAAUUAUAGGCUUCAACCUAAUGCAAAUUGGCACACACACAAAAGAAAAAAAAAUGGGGGUUCUUUUGCUUGGUUUGUAAGCCAAAUGCUAUAUCAAAAACCAAAAAAAAAAAGAAGCUAGAAACAACCUGUUCUUGUUGAUUCUUCCAUGCCCUUAAUUUGUCUUGCUUAGGGUUUUCAGUGAAGAAACCAGUUUUUUUUUUUUUUUGCAGGUCAGUUUCUUGUUUUGUAGUUUUAAAUUAUAUAUUUCCUUUAGGAACCAACUUUAUUUUGUGGGUUUCUUUUUUUCAUUUAAAUUAUGAUGAACUUUGUGGAAGAAGAAGAAGAAAAAGGGUAUUAUUGUAACAAUGAAGAUCAAGAGGAAGAUGAUGAAGAAGUGGUGAUGAUAAGAGAAAUUUCAAGCAAUAACUUCCCAUUUUCAUCCUCUUCUUCAUCUUCUGUUUCUUCAAAGUACAAAGAUGCUGCUGCUGCUGCUGUUCAUUUGUCGCUUGGAACCUUUGAUUCUAAACAAGAUCAUAACAAAACCCAACAGCAGUCUGGUUUUGAUUUCGACAAGAAACAAGACUUGGUGAUGGAUUUGUCCCUUGGAAACCACAAGAACAAUGAUCAUGAAGAAAGCUGUUAUGAGUCUGUUGAAAAAGAACACAUGUUCGACAAAGUCGUAACACCGAGCGAUGUUGGCAAGCUCAACCGUCUUGUUAUACCAAAACAACAUGCCGAGAAGUACUUCCCACUCGACUCUUCCUCGAUCGAAAAAGGGUUGCUAUUGAAUUUCGAAGAUCGGAACGGCAAGACAUGGCGGUUCCGGUACUCGUAUUGGAAUAGUAGCCAGAGUUAUGUGAUGACUAAAGGUUGGAGCCGUUUCGUAAAGGAAAAAAAGCUCGUCGCCGGCGAUACGGUAUCGUUUCAACGCGGAGUCGGGGAGUUGGUUAAAGCCCGGUUGUACAUCGAUUGGAAACUCCGGCCUAAUGCGCUCGAUCCGUCACCGUUCGCACAUAUUCAGCUCCGAAAUCAGUUCAACUUCCUUCAACCGGUCCGGUGGGAACCCAUAUGUAUGUCACGAAAUUAUCAACCUUUACAUCGGUUGAAUUACAGCAUUGACCCUUACAAUCACCGCCAUCACCAUCACUUCCAACACCAGCACCAGCAGCAGGCAAUUACUUACAGCAGUAUGUCACAGUAUUAUCAAAUUGGGGCAUUACAGGGAGAGCCAAUGGUGAUUGAUUCAGUACCAGUUAUCGAAGCUAACAAUAACAAAGCAUCAGCUAAAAGGCUAAGGUUGUUUGGUGUGAACAUGGACUGUCCAAAUCCGACACAAGAUGAAUCUUCCUCAUCUAUCCCGCUGUCCAAUACACAAGCUGAAUAUUCAAACAAGGGAAAAUCAUCCUUGUCCAUUGUUUUGGGGCUCUGAUGAAUGAAGAUAAAAUCACAGUACGGAUCCAUUCCCCCCCCCCCCCCUUUAUUUUUCCUGUCUUGUCCUUAAAAUCACGACAGGCAAUCGAUUUAGAAAAAAGGGUCGAAAGAUAAGAUUUCAUUUCAUCAAUAUGAAGCUGUUUUUUUUUAUUUUUAUUUAUUAUUUCAGUACAUUAGUUAGUUAAGGUUUGGGAUCUGUGAAAUGCUAAAGAUGAAACAAGGUGCAACAUAUGAAGAGUUGAAAAUUGUGUAUAUUUUCAUAUAUUUUAUAUAUAUACAAAAAAUUGCAUCCAUGGCUUU